GAGCUUUUUUUUAAAGACUGUGCCGCUCACCCAAAAAGGAAAGCGGAGCGGUCACACCUCUUAGCGUCAUCGCACUUCAUCUCAUUCCUCACUUUCCUCCUCAACUCAUCCAGCAUCUCUCUGGAAGUAAUAUCAUUCAAUGGCGGCGGCAGAAGACACUAGCGUGCCGCCGACUCCAACGGCAUUAUCAUCUACUAAUACUACUACUACUUCUACUACUACUACUACUACUACCACUACUGGGACUCGACUCAAAACAACAAUAGAACCAACAGGAACAACUACCACUGGUACACCGUCAACGACUACGACGCGUCGACGUGCAAAGAGUUUUCUCCGCAAUUACUAUGGUAUCCAACAAACCGAUACCGCUAAUCCUGAUGGCUCGAAGGAGGGCCCAUCCAUGCUGACGGGGCCUAACUCCAAAGCUGAUCCCUAUGAUCUUGAUAGCCAUGGAUUCGAAGUCGAUAAAUACAUGCAUAAGAUGUUUGUAGAAAAACAGCUACCAGGCCUUGUGCAGGCCGAUAAUGAACUUGUCGCUGAUAUCAGACAAUUGGAUGGUGACAUGAAAACGCUUGUGUAUGAGAACUAUAGUAAAUUCCUUAGUGCCACCGAGACCAUUAACAAGAUGAAAUCAAACGUGGAUAACCUAGAGUCAGAAAUGUCGCGGCUGACCCAAAAUAUCAAUAAAAUUGCCACCUCCUCAGCUGCUAUCCAUAGCUCCCUUGGUACCAAGAGAGAGAAAAUCCGACAAUUGAAUGGUGUCCAUAGUCUCCUUACUAAGCUUCAAUUCGUCUUUGAACUGCCAGCAAAUUUGCAUCAGUUUCUGGAAACAGAGUCAUAUACCCAAGCUGUCAAAUCCUAUUGCAGAACUCUACACCUUCUUCAGCAUUACAAACAUCUGGCGGUCUUCACAGGAAUAGAACGGGAGUGUAAGACCAUCAUGGUUGAAAUCGCUCACAGGAUCAGGCAAAAAAUGAGCGCGGACCAGGCAACGCUAACUGAGAUCACGGAAUGUGUGGGUUUACUAUUAGCGCUUAAGGAAAGCCCUGUCCCACUUUGGAAACAAUAUCUACAUUUAUCGAUGAGGUACCUACAAAAAACGAAAACCAAAGCCUUGGAAGACAUCGACACAUUGCCUCUUUAUGCCCACCCAUCACCUUCAGCUCAACAACAAGAACAGCAACCGACACCAAAGACGACACCAAAGAAAACUCUCAGAAAAUCAUCGAAAUCCUCGGGGACAUCCAAAGAACCCAAAGCGUUUCCUAAGCCAUUACGAACACAAUCAUCAGCAUCAUUGUUAUCGCUCCCUGCUGCAGAUAAGAUAUCAUAUCUCAACGUGAACUACUUGAAGCAUGUGGAAGGAUUUGUAGUAUCAUUCCAGAAUUACUUCUUAGCACCCAUUUCUCUAGGAACCAAUAGCAACAACAUUAGUACUUCCUCAACAGCGACAACAGCGGUAACGGUAGCGGCCUCUGAACAGGAAAAGGAGGAAAAAAAAGAGAUUACUCACGUUACAGAGCAACAGCGUCAACACCCUGCAUGGAUCACAAAGGAUUCGAGUGUUCAUGCUAAUUUGACUAGUGACCAGAGAGAGGAGGCAUCAGAGGCUGUCAAGACUGCGAUUUCCGAAACCAUUAGCCAAUAUCUGGACAUUAUCAAUUCUUUUCUGGAUUUCCCUGAGGAUAUCUCAAGCAUACGUUCUGAGGUUCAUAUUCAUGUCCUUCAAAAUUUGUAUUCGGCCUCUUUGUCCAGUAAUGGGCUAUGCAAUAUGAUUGGUUUUGAUACAUUAGCUUCUGGUCUGAUUCAGGACUGGGAAACAAAAUUGAUCCGCCAAGCUCUUGGGAAGAUUAAGGAUGAACUGAUGACAAGGAUUUCGAUACAGGAUCUUACAGGUCGGGUUCGGUCACAACAGCAGGAGAAUCUUCUCGACACACCUUCUGGAGAUUUGUCAUCUACUGUAAAAAAUAUCACUUCGACAUCCCCUACUAUAACUGCUGCUACUACAACUACUACAGCAACAAAGAACACUAGCCUUGCAUCAGUGUUGAAAGAGACUACUCAAUGGCUGCACGAUGUGUUCAAAAACGACACGAUCCCCUUCCUCGAAAACUGUAUGAGCUCUGAUGCACAGUUCUUAGAGACUAAAGAAGGCCGAGCUUCAUUCCUCAAGAAUUUCCAGGAUAGCUUCAAAGAAUCUUUUUGGGAACAAGUCCUUAAAGAGAUGCAACAGAAAUCACUUUCGUUGACAUCUCCUGCUACUACCUCAAUCCCUAUACCAUCGUCCUUGCCAGUGUCAACAUCAGCAUCACCAUCAACAGCAGCAUCAACAUCAAGGAACAAGGAUAGCUUACUUCCAUUGGUUAUGUCACACCUCUGUUUUCAAUUCUCCAACGGCUUUGUUGAACAGCUAUAUAAAGUUCUCUCAAAAACAUUAUUCCGACCUGGGAAACGAUCACGGCCAGAUUCUUUUUUGAUCGAGUCUUUUGAACAGCCAUUGGUUGUGAUACCACAAUUAGCACGGGACUGUAAAGCUGUGGCCCAAUCUUGCCAAGAAACCGGACAUGUCCUUUUAGAUGGGUUCGUUGCUAGGACUGGAAAUGAGCUCUCUUGGCUUGUCAUGGAUAUGGAUAUGAAGAUGGAUAUGCAGCACUCCUUCUUGAUGGACGGUGAUGGUGGUGGUACUAUUGGCGAUACAGCAACCUCACAAACGCCAGCGUCUGUCUCAGAGACUUGGGAACGAGUGUACAGAUAUCUGAACGAUAUCGAACAUCAAGUCAUGAUGGUCUAUGGUGAUGAAGGUGAUGAUCGACUCGGCAAUCAUGAAAUUAGCUCUGAAUCCAUUCGAAGAGAAUCUGGGUUCAAAUCUCUAGGAGGACGAGGAGGACAUGGAUAUGGACACGGUGGCGGUGGCGGUGAUGGAAGUGGCAGCAAUAACGACAACAGCGGUCGACUUUCCAACCGAAACGAAUCACUUACAUCCUUCGGAAGCAACACCAUGAAUACCAUGAAUAACAAUAACACCCGAUUGUUUGAGAACCAACAAAGGAACUUACUCCUCAGUCAUAUUGAUAAGCUGUUCUCUGACAGAGUGGAUAUCUUUGUUCGAUGCCAAGAUUUAAAUCGGACAGGGAUCAUGUUUGGGAUCGUCAAGAUUCUAUUGAAGGCUUGGGCAGAGUCUGUACGUCUACGAACCUAUGGACGACGAAGUUUUCAACAGAUCCAGGUUGAUGCAGAGUUUGCCAAGGUUUGGCUUUGGAGAUUUGCAACUGCAGAUGAACGAUUGAUGUAUUCGUUGCUGGAGGAAACUCAACAGACAGCAUAUCGAAGAUGUUUUGAUCCCAUACCUUUAGACAUGAAUACCAUUGAGAGCAUCAUUAAUUCGACAGAGAGAUGACAUGAUAUUAAAAAAAUGCUUCAGACAAUUGUUAUAUUGAUACUACG